AUGGCGUUAGACUCGGACAUAAGCGCCGUCUCGUUACCAGUUGCUGGAAUAGCGAUAGCUGUAAUAUCAAGUUUCAUCAACGGGUCGACAUUUGUGCUGCAAAAGAAGGGAAUAUUACGCUCCCGAGACAGAGGAGGGUCGUACCUCGUAGAUGCUGUGUGGUGGAGUGGCACAGUGGCCAUGAUUGUUGGUCAAAUUGGGAAUUUCCUGGCCUACAAUGUGGCCCCUGCUGUGAUAGUGACACCUCUAGGAGCCCUUGGAGUGUUGUUUGGGGCUGUGCUUGCUUCUUGGAUCUUGGAGGAGCAUUUAAAUAUCCUGGGGAAGCUGGGCUGUGUGUUAUGCUGCUGCGGCUCCGUGAUGCUCAUCAUUCAUGCCCCUAAAGCGGAGGCUGUAACAUCGAGGCUGGAGCUAGAGGAGAGGCUAUGGGACCCAGUGUUUGUAAUUUACGCCCUCUUGGUGGUCCUGAUGCUCAUCGUGCUAAUUGUGUGGAUGGCUCCAACUCACGGCACAUCAAACAUCAUGGUGUAUGUCGCCAUAUGUUCCCUCUUGGGAAGCUUUACCGUUCCAAGCAGCAAAGGACUUGGCUUGGCCGCACAAGACAUCUUCAGUGACGGGCCUCCGAGCAGCGGGGCCCUGGCUCUGUUCCUGGGCUUGCUGGGAACGCUAGCUGUCAGCGUCCUCACGCAGUUCUACUUCAUCAAUAAAGCCCUGGAGUCGUUCAGCUCCAACAUGUUUGAAGCCGUCUACUACGUGACGUUCACAUCCACUGUGAUUCUUGCGUCUGCUCUUCUCUUCAAAGAGUGGACUGCGCUUACUUUAACUGACAGCCUCGCCAUGCUUUGUGGUUUGACAACAGUGUGCGUCGGGGUGGUUUUACUGCGAAUAUCCCAGGAGGCCUCGCUUACUUGGAAGCAGAAGGGGUUACGGGAAAAGACAGAGUGAUCGACAUGCCUUUUUAUAAUUAUAUGACUUUUGUGCCUUUUUUUUUAUAACAGUCUAUACUUGAAUGACCAAAGUUACAAUGUGUUAUAUAACUGGUUUCACUCAACAUUAACUUGAAUUUUAUUGCAGUUUCUAUUGGACUAGUUCUUAGUUACUGUAACCCACAAAUAACCGUCAACCAUUAUCAUGAGACUGCUGCUUGACGUCUCAGAGCUUUUUAACAGCACACUUAAAAUACAGCCUGGGGACUUUUAUGUUUUUACUCAUUUCAAAUAGACAGUGUUCCUCUCAAGGGUUUUAUAGACCUCUUGAAUGGUUUCCCUUUCUCCCAAUGCCAGACUGCCUCAGUGCAGAAACACCUACACUGUGACUUAUUCAGUAUGCCUUUGAAUUAUUCAGUGUAAUUUCAGCAGCAGUCACUUCAGUGGCGGAGUUGUUUAGAAGAUGAGUAUCAACAGUGACCAGGUGUUUAGUUCUAAUGGGAAGAUUUGUAAGGCUGAUAUAACAACAGCUGGUUCGUCAUGACAUUAAACGUGGCUACUUAUUUUAGGCGUGUGAUUAAAAAGGUAACUGUAAAGGGUUAUUUAUUACCAUUCCAUUACAGUGUCGACACUAAUUUCUGUUACUGUAUGUGUCAGUGAUGACUGUGACUUGGCAGACUUGAAAUCUUAAACAGUUUUGUCCAACUAAAGUGUGUGAGACGCAGUCCUUUUUUAAUUAAUUAAUCUAUGAUUGUUUUGCCAAUGAUCUUUGUCAAAUUCUUGUCUAAAAAUAUCCAUUGUAAUUUCGUAGAGCCCAAAGUAAGAUCUACUAAUGCUUUUUUUUUAUUUUACCCUUUGACCACAACCCAAAUAUCUUCAUUUUACUGAUAAAUUAUUAAGAAAAGCAGAAAAUCCUCACAUUUGAAAGGCUGAAAACUGAACAUGUUUCAUAUUUUUGCUUUAAAAAUUGACUCGAUCAUUUCAAUUAUAUUUACGCUUUUGUCACUCAUGAGCUGACUUUAAAUUAUGAAUUGCAAUCACCACUUUCUCAAUGAUAACUGCUUUAUGAUAACAGAUUUACAAUAAAUGAUUCCUCUAAAUUAUUUACUAAAACGUUAGGACUCAUAGGAUUAAAAUAAUAAAUUUAAACUUAUUAUUUUAAUCCUAUGAGUCCUAACGUUUUAGUAAAUAAUUUAGAGGAAUCAUUUAUUGUAAAUCUGUUAUCAUAAAGCAGUUAUCAUUGAGAAAGUGGUGAUUGCAAAUUCCUACACAUUUUGUUUUUGAUGUCAUAAUCCUUAUUAUCAGUACUGUACAUUAUGGUUUUUUUCUGGAAACUAAGAUUUAAGAUUUAAAUCAUAUUUUUGUUACUUUUUUUAAUAAUGUAUCAUGCAUUUAUAAUUAAUAAAUAAUUUUGUGAUAAAUA